AUGCCUACGAGCGUUCUUCUCCCCCAGCUCUUUCUUCCUCGGUCAGCUGUUAAUCUUGGGCGUUUUGUUACCAAUGUUGAUGAGCCUCAUCAAAAUUUCUACGAUGCUAAUACUGCUUCCGAUGUAACAGAGAAAGUCCAGACACAGUAUGACAGCCUCCAUCGUUCUGCUACUCAACGAACCUUUGCCUCAGAUCUUACCAGCCUUCUCUCCUCCUCUUUCUCGAAGCGAUCUAAAACGUCAAUUCGGAUCAUAGCCGACCAGGUGAAAACCUACUAUUUAAACAAUACUAGCAGGUGGUUUAGGGAGGCGGUGCAAUCGGAAGAGACCCGCAGGUGGAUUGAGAAAACUAUUGACGAAGGGGAAGUUAUAUACGUCGUGGUCGGCUAUCACACGAUAUUUGACGCUCAGAUCAUGGAACAAUAUGGUGGGCAAGGCACUUCUGAUGGCAACUUGGGAAUACCGGUAUCGACAGCACUGGCCGCAACAGGCAUAGUUGUGCCAUUCGGAAACCUGGUUGAUCCUGGUCUUGCAGGUUCUCGUGGGCGUGCAGAAGAUGAGCAGAGGCGAUUUGUAGCUCAAGGCGAGCAGAUUUGUGCUGUCCAGUAUCGCAAACUCCGUCUUCGAUGGCUUGCAAGCAGUAAGCUGGACAAGAUGAAGCUUGCAAAGGGGACGCGGUGGGAAAGGUACGAUCGGCCACGAUACUUGGAGAGCGAUGGAGAGGAUAUGAUCGAGGUCGAAUUAGAGGACGAUUUAGCGUUGGAAAACGAUCGUGAGGAGUGUAAGGUUGGACUGGAGGAAGACAUUUUCUUUUCUACAGUCCUUGAGGUUUAG